AUGAGCAAAGCAACGAGCUGGGAGAUGGACGGACUGCGAGGCGACAGCAGCGGCGGCAGCGGCGGAGCCCCCGGGCAGUGCCGUAAUUUUCUCUCCUCGCCCGUUUUCGGGGCGGCGCACACAGGCCGAGCGGCCGCUGCCGCCUCAGGGUUCGGCUACGCCGGCGGAGGAGAGCGCUCGGGGGCGGCGGUGAGGCCCGAACCCCCAGCCAAGGACUGCCCGGGCUCCACCGCGCCGGCCGCCGCCCCCGCGCUCGGCUAUGGGUAUCACUUUGGCAAUGGAUACUAUAGCUGCAGGAUGUCCCACGGGGUUGGGAUCCAGCAAAACGCCCUGAAGUCUCCCCCCCAUGCCUCCAUUGGCAGCUUUCCCGUGGAAAAGUACAUGGACGUCUCCAGUCUGACCAGCACGAGUGUCCCCGCCAAUGAAGUCUCCUCCAGGGCAAAGGAAGUGUCCUUCUACCAGGGCUAUACAACCCCCUACCAGCACGUUCCUGGGUACAUAGACAUGGUCUCAACGUUUGGCUCUGGGGAACCGAGACACGAAACAUACAUAUCAAUGGAGGGCUAUCAGUCUUGGACUCUGGCUAAUGGCUGGAAUAGUCAGGUUUACUGUGCCAAAGAUCAGACACAGAGCUCACACUUCUGGAAAUCGUCCUUUCCAGGGGACGUUGCACUAAACCAGCCCGAUAUGUGUGUCUACCGGCGUGGGAGAAAGAAGCGAGUACCGUACACAAAACUGCAACUUAAAGAACUCGAGAAUGAAUAUGCCAUUAACAAGUUUAUUAACAAGGACAAGAGGCGAAGGAUAUCCGCAGCCACAAACCUGUCUGAGAGACAAGUUACCAUUUGGUUUCAGAACAGAAGGGUGAAGGAUAAGAAAAUAGUCUCCAAACUGAAGGACAAUGUAUCUUGA